AUGGAAUCGGAGGUACUUGAACGCAUCCAGAGUAUGAAACUAACUAUGGAUGAAGAUGAGGUCAUGGCAAUUUGGCCAGUGAGGAGAGACAAGAUUUUGGAGGAGUUCUCCCUAAGCUUGAUAGGAUGUUUCCUCACAUCAAAGUCCAUCAACUUUAGGGCGGCAAAGAAUCUGAUACGGUCUAUGUGGAAACUAGGGGAUGAUUUGAGGAUAGUAGAGAUGGGUGAUGGGAUUUUUCAGUUCAAGUUUUCAUUGGAAAGUCAAUUGGCGUGGGUGUGGAAUAAUAGUCCCUGGUGCUUUGACAACCACCUAUUGGCUCUCCGCCGAUGGGAAAAAGGAAUGACUGUGAGGUCAGUAACCUUUACGCAUCAACCAUUUUGGAUUCAAGUAUGGGGCUUGCCCUUUGAUUUAAUAACGGAAGAGGUAGGGAGGGAUAUAGACAAUGGCAUUGGGAAGCUAGUGGAGGUGGACUGCAAAACUUUCCAAACUGAACAAUCUCGCUUUCUUCGAAUUCGUGUGGAAGUACCAUUGGAUAAGCCGCUUCGACGAGGAUGCCUAAUGAUCAGUCCCGAAGGUGAUGAGGUUCGAGUGGCAUUCAGGUAUGAAAGGCUAGCUGGGUGGUGUUUUAACUGUACGAGGAUCGGCCAUGACCAUAAGGAGUGCCCAUCAACUGUUUCAACUGAAGGUGGUGAAAAACCUUAUGGGGAGUGGCUGAAGGCUGGAACUUGUGUGCGACAAGAUAGGCUGAAUGUACGACAGACACCAUCAUGA